AUGGCCGACGUUUAUCGCGUUAUCAUCGACGAUACAUCUCCAGUCGUAUAUUACGCUCCCUUGGCGGAACCCCUCACCAACUCCGACCCGCUCACCGGAUGGGUGCCCUUCUUCACCGACUCCGGCUUUCCGACCAGCGCCUCCCUCGGCGACGUCGGGAACGGCACGAGCUACCAUGUCACCUCGCUCAGCGGCGCGCAGCUGUCCGUGCAAUGGUUCGGAACGGGCAUCCAGCUUUUCGGCAACGCGACGGGUGCCUCUUACGACAUCCUCGUCGACGGCAAAGCGAGCGUCGCCUUCUCCUCGUCUCUGGACGAGAACGUCCUCGCCGCCGUCGACGAUCUCAAGCAGGGUAACCACACCAUCUCGCUCGUCGCCCGCCCGGACACGAACACGACCGCCAGCUCGAUCGCGUUCGACCGCGCGACCGCGACCAUAUCCGCCGAACGCGCCAAGUAA